CUUCCGGAGUCGUAUGCGGUUAAUGGAUGUGGUGCUCUUGUUUACAAACUUCCUUUUUAAAAUUUGAAUAUAUAGCUACUCUUUGCAAUGUCGCGGGGUUCGAGUGCAGGAUUUGACCGCCAUAUCACCAUCUUUUCUCCGGAGGGAAGACUCUAUCAAGUUGAAUAUGCUUUCAAGGCUAUUAACCAAGGUGGCCUUACUUCAGUAGCUGUUCGUGGGAAGAACUGUGCAGUUGUUGUCACUCAAAAGAAAGUACCAGACAAACUACUUGAUGCAUCCACUGUUACUCACUUAUUCCGAAUAACGGAGAACAUCGGUUGUGUGAUGACUGGGAUGACCGCUGACAGCAGAUCUCAGGUCCAGAGGGCUCGAUAUGAAGCGGCAAACUGGAAAUACAAAUAUGGCUAUGAGAUUCCCGUGGACAUGCUGUGUAAGAGAAUUGCGGAUAUCUCUCAAGUCUACACCCAGAAUGCAGAGAUGAGGCCACUGGGUUGCUGUAUGAUUGUGCUCGGAGUGGAUGAGGAAUGUGGUGCUCAGGUUUAUAAGUGUGACCCUGCCGGUUACUACUGCGGCUUCAAAGCCACUGCCGCAGGGGUCAAGCAAACAGAGGCUACCAGCUUCCUGGAGAAGAAGGUUAAGAAGAAAUUAGAUUGGACCUUUGAGCAGACAGUAGAGACUGCAAUAAGUUGUCUGUCCACUGUUCUGUCCAUUGACUUCAAGCCAUCAGAGCUGGAGGUGGGGGUGGUUACCACAGAGGAGCCAAGAUUCAGAAUUUUGUCUGAGUCUGAGAUUGAUACCCAUCUUGUGGCCCUCUCUGAGCGAGACUGAGAAUAAACAGCUCUCAGCAUGAGAGCAUUAUUUGUGAACACGAUUGUAGGAAGCACUACAACAUAUCCUCAGUAUUCAGGUCAACUGCUCAAAGUCGCUGCUUCAUGCUGUUUAUUUUUGCUUUUUUGUGCAACACUUCAAUAAAAUGGACUUGUUUUUGACGA